UAUCUCCACUAGCAGGGAGACUUAAAAUUAACAAAAUUAACUUGCUGGAAAGUUCCCAGUUCUUUGUUCAGCCCCCAUGGCUAAUAUUGCUAAUUGUGCUGAGCUGCUAAUGAAUACUUUUGGUGAAUUUUUAUCUACAGGACUACCUCCCUCUAUGCCAAGGAUGCAAACCAGACCUUUGUGCUGCAGCCUUAUGCCCACCAGAAUGAAAUCUUACAGACUCCUGUCUCUGGGAUCUAUGUUCUUCUCUCUGCUGCUUUUGCAGCAGGUGUGGGCUCAGUUUCCACGUCAGUGUGCCACUGUCGAGGCUUUGCAAAGUGGUGUGUGCUGCCCCGAUUUGUCCCCCUUGGCUGGGCCUGGGACAGACCCCUGUGGAUCUUCCUCAGGGAGGGGCAGGUGUGGUGUAGUGACGGCAGACUCUAGACCCCACAGCCGCCAGUACCCACAUGAUGGCAGAGACGAUCGGGAGCAAUGGCCUCUGCGAUUCUUCAAUAGGACGUGCCAAUGCAGUGGCAAUUUCUCAGGACACAACUGUGGAGCAUGCCGUCCUGGGUGGACAGGAACUGCCUGCAACCAGCGCGUUCUCACAGUGAGAAGAAAUCUCCUGGACUUAAGUGCAGAGGAAAAGAACCACUUUGUCCAGGCCCUGGACAUGGCCAAGCGUACCACUCACCCACAAUAUGUCAUAGCCACAAGGAGGUCAGAAGAAAUACUGGGAUCAGACGGCAACACCCCACAAUUUGAGAACAUCUCCAUUUAUAACUACUUUGUUUGGACACACUAUUACUCUGUCAAAAAGACUUUUCUUGGGCCAGGGCAAGAAGGCUUUGGCGAAGUGGAUUUCUCUCAUGAAGGACCAGCUUUUCUUACUUGGCACAGGUACCAUCUCCUGCAGCUGGAGAAAGAUAUGCAGGACAUGUUACAGGAGCCUUCUUUCUCCCUGCCUUACUGGAAUUUUGCAACUGGGAAAAAUGUCUGUGAUAUCUGCACUGAUGACUUGAUGGGCUCAAGAAGCAACUUUGAUUCAACUCUCCUGAGUCCCAACUCUGUCUUUUCUCAAUGGCGAGUGAUCUGUGAAUCCGUGGAAGAGUACGAUACCCUGGGAACACUCUGUAACAGCACUGAAGGAGGGCCAAUCAGGAGGAACCCAGCAGGAAAUGUGGGUAGACCCAUGGUUCAGCGCCUUCCCGCUCCGCAGGAUAUUGCCCAGUGCUUGGAGGUUGGUGUGUUUGACACACCCCCUUUCUAUUCCAAUUCUACAGACAGUUUCCGAAACACAGUAGAAGGUUACAGCGAUCCCACAGGAAAGUACGACCCUGCUGUUCGAAGUCUUCACAAUUUGGCCCAUCUCUUCCUGAAUGGAACAGGAGGACAAACUCAUCUGUCUCCAAAUGAUCCUAUAUUCGUCCUCCUGCAUACUUUCACUGACGCAGUCUUUGAUGAAUGGCUUAGGAGAUACAAUUCUGAUAUAUCCACAUUCCCACUGGAAAAUGCCCCUAUUGGUCAUAAUAGACAAUUUAACAUGGUACCGUUCUGGCCUCCAGUUACCAACACAGAGAUGUUUGUUGUUGCUGCUGAUAGCCUUGGAUACACUUAUGAAGUGCAAUGGCCAGGCCAAACGUUUAGUGUUUCUGAGAUUGUUACCAUCGCAGUAGUUGCUGCUUUAUUACUGGUUGGAAUCAUUUUUUUGGGUGUUUCUUGUCUGAUUCGUGCUAAAAACAACAUGGAGGAAGCCAAUCAACCUCUCCUCAUUGAUCAGUAUCAACAUUAUGUUGAAGAAUAAAAUAAAAAUCCAGAAUCCUAAUCAGCCUGCGAUCUAAUGACAAGCUACUCACGCCCUUACACAUUAGUGUCAGGAAACAACCUGACUGAAAAUCAGUAGAUUGAGUUACCAAGUAGAAUUUCUUUCACUUUUUUACUUUCUUAUAUACACAUAUGUUAUAAUUAAAGCACUAUUUUUCAAUGCUAGAAGAGUAAUUCAGACUCGUUCCAAUGGUUUUGAAUUAUCAGCUCUAUUUAAAAUGUUCAGGUGCAUCAACUCCAUGACAUUUAAAAGCUAGUGUGAUCGUCUUUGGCAUACUUUAAAGGUUGACUAUACAAUGUUAAUAAACUGCUCUGCUUUAUUUGUAUGUAAAGGAAAAUAAAAUUUGAUAGUAGUCUUUUUAAAAUAUAUAACUAGUCACUUCUACACGGAUGAAAUGUAAAUGCACUUUAUUGAUAUAACUCAACAGAUAAAAAUGCAGCAGCAUUUAUUAGUUAAAAUAAAUUGCAUGAAGUUGUAAUGAA